AUGAGAUUCGAUUUUACUAUAUAUAUUUGCAGCUUUUGUACCCUUUUGUGGGCGUUCCAGUCGCAAGAUGCCGGCGAAGUAGCUUUCCCAUGGACAGCGAUGUCUGAUAUGCAAUGGGAGAUAAAUCCGCAGGGUUUCGAAACUAAUGACAGUUUCGCUUUUGGUUCUGACAUUUCGUCAAAAUGGGAAAAAAGUGCAGUUGAAGCUAUCACUAGAGCAGAGUUGCAGCUGUUGCAUCUCUAUGAAAUAGAUCCAAGUAUCGGAAUUGCAGAACAGAUCUUCGUACAAUGCCAGACGGUCAAGUCGUUGAGCGACGAACUCGCGCGGGGAUUGCAAGGAGACGAAUGGGAGCCCGUUCGCCAUCAUCUGGACAUGAUAAUACAAAAGGCCCUUCGCAACCUGAAGGCCGAAUUUGAUGUUGAUGUCAUAUCAACAAAUACUAGGACAGCUGCCGCGAAAUUUGUUCAAAAUUUCAGAAAAUUGACAGCAACAUUGCAGGAAGUCUCGUUUCUGGUCGAUAAUAGGUUUGCGCCUGUCACCGCAAACUACACGCCCGAUUUACAAGAGUUGGCCCAUUCUCUCGACGAGUUGGAUGUGGGUAGAAUCAUUGCAGAGGGAAUAGCCCAUAAAAUCGAGCAAAUGGUGGUGGGGGGAGAUCUCCACGCUGCAAUAACGGAAAUCGCCAAUAUUUUUGGCGACUUAGGGGUGCUUUUAACGGCGUAUGCCACGGGACUGGCCAUUUGCACUGCAAACGUCGUGAUCGUCCUAUGUGGCGUGUCAAUCCUUGUUUGCGGAGGUGGUACCGUGAUUUUCAUCUGUCGUCUCCUCCAACAUUUGAACAACAUUUACAAGGUCCUAGGCGGAUAG